UCGCGCAACUAAUCCUCUCAUAUGACGUCAGGAGAAAUGGCGGAGCAGGAUGAAAGCUACGCAUCUCUGAGUGUCAGCCAAGGCUCCGACAGUCAGUCGAGAACGGAGGAGAAGAAAACAUCAAGUCGACCAGACUCGUCCGCCUCCGGACACAACACCAUCAACACAAGCAUCAGUACUACUGAGACACACACUACAGCCAGAGCAGAACCCCUGGCACUGAAGAUCGAUGAGAGACAGAGGUUGGCUCGAGAGAGACGAGAGGAGAAAGAGAAACAGAAUGCUGCACGUGAGGCUCAGUGGCUGGAGCGGGAGGAGAGAGCCCGGCAGUACUAUGAGAAACACCUGGAGGAAAGGAGGAGGAAACUGGAGGAACAAAGGAUGAGGGAGGAGAGGAGACGUGCGGCCGUGGAGGAGAAACGGCGGCAGAAGCUAGAGGAGGAAAAGGCCCGUUAUGAGGCAGUUCUGCGUAGGACCAUGGAGAGAAGUCAGAGAGUUCGACCGAAGACAAAUCGUUGGAGUUGGGGAGGAACUCUGACCAGCAGCACCUCCCACAACAGUGGUUUGUUUGAGUCUGCUCUGCUCUUCCCUUUGGACCUAGCAGGGCUAGAGCGUUACCAUGGUGCUUUCAGCCUGGCUCGCCGCUACGGCCAGCGUUCUACAUAUGUGGACAGAAGGUCAGUCUCCACCAUGAACCUGUCCAAACACACAGAUCCUGUUAUAACCAAACGCCUGUCAUCCUCCUCAGCCACACUGUUAAACUCACCAGACAGAGCCUUACAGAAACGGACAUCGCUUUCUUCUUCCUCUUCACUGAUAAACAAAGCUCUGUCCAAGUCCAAAAGCGGCCGAGACAGAGCCAACCGGGACAAAGCUGCAGGUACACGUCGCAUGCCACUGACACCGUGGGAGAAUACUAUGGUCAACCGUCUCCAGACACCAACCCAUUCUUACCUGGCACGGAGCCGCAGUGCAGCGUCACUGUCUGCAGACACAGUGACCCCCAUUUGUCCUCGCUCAGCCUCCUGUCACCCAGGGACCUCAAUGUCCUUCAAGUCCCUGCAGUCCCGCAGUGCAGAACGACCAAUCAGGGCAGGCCUCAGCCUCGAGUGCCCAAUAAGGGCAGGGUACAUUGGUCCAGAUGCCACACCCAGAAGAAAGACCACACAAAAUAUACCGGUAGAUAGGAAGGAUAAGGACUAUGUGCGCAAGUCCUGGAGUAAUCUGUCUUACCCCACACCCACCCCCAUUUCCCUUGUACCCAAGAGAGCCCGUUCACCAAGCAACCAGCAGAAGAGGACCACUGCACCAUCACCUGUCAGGGCAACGGCUAAAACCUCUCAGAGACCCCCAACACCUAAACAUGCGAAGUCUCCGCCCCCACCCCUGCUCCCUCUAUCUCCUAGCAACCCAUCUCUGUCACCGGGCAACCUCCGGCCCAGCAGGGCGGUGCCAGAGAGUCCGAGAGAAACCCCAGAAGGGGAGGGGUCAAAAACAGAGGAGGCAGAGCAAAGUUCCACCCCUAGCAAAUCUGUGCAGGAAGGCCCGCCCACACCCAAAGCAGAGCCAACCAAUGAGUCUGUGGUAAGUCCUCCUGCGGCUAGACCCUCUGCUGGAACAACUGACCCAGAGGAAGCAUCCCGGAUCCUGGCUGAAAAACGCCGGCAGGCCAGGGAACAGAGAGAGAGAGAGGAACAGGAGAGAAGACAACAGGAGGAGGCAGAGAGGCGUAGCAGGGAGGAGAUGGCCCGCAGGAAAGCUGAGGAGCGAGCCAGGAGAGAAGAGGAGGCUCAACGUCAAGCAGAAGAGAAGAGGAGGAAGGAGGAAGAGGAUAGGAGAGUGGAGGAAGAGAGAGCACAGAGAGAGAGAGAAGAGGCAGAGCGUCUACAGAAACAAAAAGAGGAGGAGGAGGCUCGUCUGAGAGAGGAAGCUGAGCGAAUACGACAGGAGAGAGAGAGACACUUUCAGAAGGAGGAGGCCGAGCGGCUGGAGAGGAAGAAGCGACUGGAAGAGAUCAUGAAACGCACACGCCGCUCAGAACCUAAAACUACACCUCAGAGGAAUGGAGACUUACCUCAGCAGAAACCAGAGAGCACAGCAUUGGGCUCUAACUCCACUGGACCCUCAGUGAGUGUGUCAGAAGCACAGAGUGUUCAGGUGACCACUGAAUCUGACAAGACUGGUAGCAAUGGGCACACAGUUCCCAGUCUCAGCUCUCCUGCACUGACCCCUGCUGGACAGAGAACUCCCUCAGAUUCCCAGCUCCAUGAGAAUGGUGUUGUUACAUUGACUGAGCCGUUCGAGGAGAUAAUUGAGGUUCCUAUGGCGACCAAACUGUCCCGGCAGGAGGGCGACGGCGAGGAGGAGGACGAGGAAGGCGGGCAAGAGGAAGCGAGAGUUCCCAUCCUUGCCUUCAGAGAGAACUGCAGCACACACACUCUGAGUCAGCUGGAUGAGAGCCAGCCACAACAAACAGAUGCUGUUUGAAAUCUGGCACAAGAAGGAGGGAAAGACCUGCUGAGAGAGAACCAGAGUUGGAGAGAGCUUCUAACACCUGACAGCCAAGCUGUGAAGCUGCAUCAUUUUCCUCACAUAUUUCUGCCCUUUGAAGGAACAAUGUGGCAUUUCCCAGAAACUAAGACUUUUGAAAAACACCUGAUAACAUAUUUUCUGGUUAAGUAAAAAAAAAAAAGUUUAUAAUUUAUUACAGAUUUUCUUCCCUGUCCUGGAAACCAGGAGAGAUGUUUCAUUAUUCAGGCACUUGCUUGUGUUUGAGCUCCCCCUAAACUCCAGUAGAAUGCUCAGAGACAAGCGAGACCAGCUCCAAUCCUUUAUCCUGCUCCAGUGGCCGUAGGGUUUUUUCAUUAGUUGUGACUAAUAAUCAAUUCAGCUGUGAAGUCUGAUGUAAUACUUGAAGAAUUCCGCGUUGCUCUUGUGAUGGCAUCCAAUGAAGGCUAACCAGAGACUAUGUCAGCAUUAUGUUUUUAUGAACAUUAUAAUAAUUAGGUUUAAAAAAAAAAUGAAGUUUUCUCCUCAUUAUACCAAGAAUGGCAUGUCUAUUACAGCUACUUGGUUAAAUUACUGUAUCAAUAUGAAUUAAUGAUUUUUUUUUUUUUUUUGUAAAGAUCAAUUUUAGC